AUUAUAGUUUUAUAUUUUUCAGAUAUCACUACUUAGUACUUAGUGCAUGUUGGUCACGUCACUAAUCUCGAUACCCAAUUGUUGUGUAACUUGUUUUUGAAAAGUUAAUAUUCUUUAAUCAUGUAUAUUGUGUCGAAUGUAGUUAAAGUUACUAUUCCUAACUAUUUGGCAAGUUUACCUAUCCCUGAUUCCAUAGGUGGCUGGUUUCGACUUGGUGUGCGUGAUUGGCUAGCAUUAAUUCCUCCAACUCUUGCUAUUGGAGGUAUUUCUUACUACUCUUAUCAAACUAUUAAAAAGGCAAAUGAAGCUGGCAAUGGACAAGUUAACCCGAGCAUCAGGAAGGAUAUAAACAAAGUUGUAGAUUUCAUUGACAUUGAAGAUAUUACAGAGAAGGCAUCUUUGUGUAGAUGUUGGAGGAGCAAGAACUGGCCGUAUUGUGAUGGAGCUCAUGGUGCUCAUAACAAAGCUACUGGUGAUAACACUGGACCAGUGGUUAUAAGACAUAAGGAAAGUAAGUAAUUAAUAUAUAGUCGUGUUUUGUGGUGUGGUGGAGAAACAGAAAAAGUGAUCAAAACAGCUCGGAAUAAUUACUUUUUAACAGCAUUUAUUAAAAAAAAUAUUAUUCAUAAACUAUUAUAUUUCAGUGUAAAAGAAAGGUCAAUAUUUUAAAAGUUUUGGAUGUUUUUAUAUAUUAUCUGCUUUCAAGAAAUUUGUUAAAUUUAACAUAACCAAGAUGUGUGUAGUUAGACAUAGGAAAAAUGAUGAUGAUAUAAACUAACAUUCUUAUGAAUGAAUUUAUAAAUAUUUAUAAAAAAUAGGACAAAUCAGAGUUGUUGUAAGACAAUAUAACUUUUAAAAAUUGCUUCAAAGUGGUUUUGUUAUGUAAUGCGUUUUUAAUUUUAAGUAUUAUUGUUACCAGUUUUAAAUGAACAAUCACAAUAAAGUUUCGCAUUUCUAUUGCUUUUAA